AUGAGUUGGGCGUGUUUUAAAAAUAACGCCACUAUUCCAACUGCACAAGACGUGGACUGGUUGCGCACCAUUGAAGAACCAAAACGCAUGAAUUUGACUGGAAACAUCGUCAGCUUUUUGGAAGAAGCUUCGGUGAAAGUUCAUCAUCAAUCGCCGUCUAUCAACACCCUUGGAGAACGGGGCCCAGACAAUAAACCUUUCUUUGCCAUCGAAUGCAUAAUGUCCAAAUACAGGGGUGUAGGACACGGAUUGAACAAGAAGGUCGCCAAAAUCAAUGCUGUGCACGACUUGCUGAAGCAAGUGAUCGAAAUUGGCGGCGAGAGACCAUAUGGGAUACAGGGGAAUACAAAGAAAGAACGCUUGGAGUUUAUCAAAAGAUUGUACGAAAAUUCAAUGAAGCAAUUUGGAACGGCGGUCGCUUUACCCCCAGUGGAUGUCAUAAGUCCGGCGUCAACUUCACCUACAACAUCUGCAGCAAACUAUGUGGGGCUGCUUCAAGAAUAUUGCCAAAAGAAUAAAAUUCCUUCUCCCAGUUACGAAUGUGACGAGCGUGGCCCCGACAACAUGAAAGUUUUUAAACACACGUGCAAGGUGAUAAAUCAAACAGCAGAGAGUGAGGACAAGACAAAGAAGAAAUCGAAGAAUGAUGCGGCACGCAAGAUGUACGAGCUCUUGCGAGAAAGUGUACAAGAAAUGGGCAAAGAUUCGUUGAGUACCGAAGUCAUUAAUGAUGAAGACGAAACUUCGGAGAACUAUCUGAACGAAAAAACUUCAAAGGACGAUUUCUCUUUGGACAAAAUUGAUGCAAUCGACGAGUUUAAAGAAUUAUUGAAGACGUCAAAGGUGUUUUCUACACCGAAAUAUGAGUUUAAAGAUGUUUUACAAUUGGAUAGUGCUGGAAACCACCAAACAAUGCUCAAAAUGACGAUGAGACUUCCCGGAGAAGCGAUCGAAUCUGCGUUUUGUUAUCCCGGAUUUGGACAAACCAUGACACAAGCUCAUCUGAUGGCCGCUAACCAUGCUGUUUUACUAUUGAAGACUUACAGCAAUUGUGUAAAUUUGCUUGUUGGAGAAACUAAUCUAAUCUCAUUG